AACAAUUCACUCCUUCUGCUUUGACAUAGCCAUCUGCUGAUGCGUCGAAACUUUUCGAUAGUCCUGAGCCAGACUGUGUCACAUGCAUCAUGCCAAUCUCCUCAUUGUGCUCUGGGCUGAGCCACAAGUUGGCUGAUCCAACUAACACUGCAUCCGCCUGGAAGGUGUCAAGAUAGCGACAUCCUACGUCUAAUGACACAAGUCCCGCUGAGCACGCUGUGUCCACGGUCAUGCUUGGGCCAUGUAUGUUGAGAAAGUGACUGAUACGAUUGCUGAGAAGAGCGGGAGCCAGCCCGAUCAUAACCGAUUCGGCUCUAUUCUCUGGAUCUCGGUGCUGAAUGGCACCAUAAUCUUGGGAGAAAACCUUAGCAAACAUGGCUUUUGAACAAAAAUGCUGUCCAUACCUAUAAAAUUGGUUCCAACAAUCACACCUGUGUUAGUGCCACUGAGAGUCUCCAUAGGUAUACCACUAUUUUCGAGGCACUCAUAUGCCACCUCGAGCAUCUGCCGUUGCUGUGGGUCCAUAGCAAUGCACUCUGUACGACUGAUGUUGAAGAACUGGCCGUCAAACAAAGCCGGAUCCACGUCUUCCAUGAACAUGCCACCAGGUGACUUCAUGGUCCUAGGGCGUUGGGGAUUCUCCUUGUCAUAGUGACCAGCCAAGGAAAACCUUGAAGAUGGUGGUUCAUUCUUAGCCACCCCCCCUCGCUCAAGCAAUUCCCAUAAGGCAGUUGGCGAGUUACUGUGACCUGGAAGACGGCAUCCCAUUCCAACAAUCGCAAUGGGCACCUGUGUCCUGUGACCCAGCCCUGAUAUUACCUCAUCGUCGCUGGAGCAUCUCUCGCUGUUGCCCGAAGUAGCAACAUUAUCGAAACUUUCUGAGGAAAGGCUAGAUGAAAAUGUCAUUGUGCCGUGUAGUGUACAAGUCGUUCGGAUGAGAGAUUGGUCUGACUUCAGAACGUGAGGAGACAGGUGAAAGAGAACUAUUCUUUUAUCACUUCUCGAGUAGACGUUUAUUUCUCAGUGAGGAAUACCAGUCCCAUACACUCACUCACAUGUUACUACCAUAAUGGUGGGGCCAUAUGCUUAUCUGUUCCCCUUAGCAAUCCAUAAUUUGUGUCACCAUUCGACGCCGUUCUGUUGCCAACUCGAGGCCUCCUUUGUUCUUUUAGUUCAGCUACAUCUGUGCUCCCCGUAUUCGAAGUGCAGUACAUUUGUCGAUAUCUCGCAUACACCGACUAAUCUCAUCACAAUGGAUUCCAUUCGCAAAGAAGAUGUUGAAUUUAAAACGCUGGACGGGCUCACGCUUCGUGGCUGGCUCUUUGCAGGUCCUCCAAACGGACCCGCCAUUAUAAUGACCCCAGGAUUCAAUCUCACCAAGGACAUGAUCAUUUUCGAAGCUGGUCAAUAUCUGAAUGCAGCUGGUUUUACUGUCUUGGGCUAUGAUCCAAGGUGUAUUGGAAUGAGCGACGGCAAACCGCGCAAUGACACUCAGCCUAUGAAGAAUGUGGAAGACUAUCAUGAUGCCCUCACUUACCUCAAGGUGCACAGGCGAGACUUGGUUGAUCCUAACAGAAUCGCAUUCUGGGGUUACUCGUUUAGUGGUGCUAUUGCUUUAUGUGCAGCCGCCCUCGACAAACGGGCCAAAGCCGUCAUAGCCUGUGCGGCUACCACCACCUGGGAAUUCACGAAGUGGAAACAGGUUCUAAGCAAGGCGAUGAAAGAUCGGGAGUCGCAAUUAGCUGGAAACGAGGGCAUGUACUUACCACUGCUCACCGAGACUGGUGAACAACCUGCUGGCUUGGGCACCGGCUACCAGAAGGAGGAUGUCCUGGGUAUCAUCAAGCGUCACGCCUCCAUCGAACCAAGCUUCAUACCUCGAACUACACUGCAGACCUACUAUAACAUUGCCGCGUUUCGUCCUAUGGCGCUCAUGUGUUUCGUGGAUCCUACUCCAGCUUUACUCAUGACGGGCGAGAACGAUGAAAUAUCGCCACCAGAGAUGCAAAGGAAGCUGAUCUAUGAUGCGAUCACAGGACCAAAAGAGUUUGUGACAAUAAAGAACAGGGCACAUAUGGAUAUCCUGACUGGUGACGGAUCUUUGGAGGUUUUUGAGAAGCAGGCGGACUUUCUAAAUCGUAUGAUGCCAGCUCAAAAGGGUACCAAUGGCAUUCACAAAAUCAGAUGAGUGACGAAUGGUCCGUUGGUUUUGUCUCUUUCUCUGUUUAUAGACGAGAUAAUAUAGAACUUGACGGAAGCUGGAUAUUUUGAAUCAAGUCUCUUGCGGA